GGUUGAAGGUGGAUCCUGUAUACUCGUCUGGAAUAUGGUCUGGAAAAAGAAUUCAAGAGUUCAGCACCAAAACACUAAAUAAAACGAAUCGAAUCAAUUUGACACGCGAAAAGGAACACUUUGCUCGCCGGGAAAGACAGUUAAUUUGUUAAAAUGCCUGCAUAUCAUUCGAGUUUCGUUGAAAAUAAUGGCAAUAUCGGUAAUUUGGCACUUCUGCCGAUUCGGACGCAUUUCAGAGGUCCCGCACCACCUUUUAACAACAAGGACUUGGACAUAAUUGACGAGGCAUUGUACUUCUUCAAAGCAAAUGUAUUUUUUAGAACGUAUGAAAUCAAGAGCGAGGCUGACAGAGUUUUAAUUUACAUCACGCUGUAUAUAACGGAAUGCUUGAAAAGAUUACAGAAAUGUGCGACUCAAGCUCAAGCGACGAACGAAAUGUACUCACUUGCUAUUUCAAAGUUUGACAUUCCCGGUGAUCCAGGUUUCCCCCUCAAUUCGGUCUAUGCGAAACCAAGCAAUCCUGUAGAGGCUGAUACCAUGAGGCAAUAUUUGCAACAAAUACGGCAGGAAACGGGCGUGAGGCUUGUAGAGAAGGUAUAUGGAGAGGAUGGUAAGCCGAGUAAAUGGUGGCUAUGUUUUGCAAAGAAAAAAUUUAUGGACAAGUCGUUGUCCGGCCCUGGCCAGUGAACGACACCGUUUUAUAUUAUUUCUAGAAUAUAAGUCGCCCAUUGUCCAAUAAUGCGUCGCAAUAUACAAUUUCCUUUUUUAAA